GUAUAGAGACAUGGAACCUUCUACUCAAUUUGGCUCCAUUGGUUCAUCCUUUGUACAAAGCUUCGUUCAUUUGUCCCAAUCUAAGGUAACCCUAAAUCCCCCACAUCUUCCUCUGAAUCAAAACAUUCCUUCUCUGCCUUCUGACAUUCAUUCUCUUUGUACCAUGCCUAUUUUGGGAAUUUCACCACUCUGAUGAUUGAUUGCACAUUUUUUGCGGGAAAGGGGAAGAAGAAGAAGAUUCUGGGAAGAAAAGUCACUUUGAUUUUUUUAGGACACAUAAUGUGGGGUUUUUGUUGUUUAAAAAGUGGGAAGUGCUGGAUUAAGUCCUCAGAGCUCUUUGGUCAUUGCCAUGGUGGAUGUUGAUCAGGAGGGCAUUAUCGGUAACCUGUCUUAUAAAAAGAAACUUUUUUCCACUGCUAUGAAGAGGACUACAGAAUGGAUAUUUUCCCAGGAAUUUCCUAGGGAUGUUACCGUUCGUGCUGGAGGGAAAUCCUUUUCACUACACAAGUUUCCUUUACUGUCAAAGUGUGGGUACAUAAGGAAACUGGUGAAUGAAUCCACCGAUGCUGAUAUUUCAAAGAUUGAAAUCCCAGACAUUCCUGGUGGAGCAGAAGCGUUUGGGCUUGCUGCAAAGUUCUGUUAUGGGAUUUGGUUCGAGAUAAACACAACGAAUAUUGCAAUGCUUAGAUGUGCAGCUGAGUAUCUUGAGAUGACUGAAGACUAUGCGAUUGGAAACUUGGUGGGAAUGACAGAGGCCUACUUAAGGGAAGUGGCACUCAACAGCCUUGCAGGAGCAGUCUCCGUUUUGCAUUCAUCGGAAAGCCUUCUUCCCAUGGCAGAGAAAGUAAAACUGGUGAGCCGAUGUGUGGAUCGUAUUGCAUACAUAGCCUCCUCCAAAGAUGGCCAAUUCUGCACCGAAGAUAUGACCGACCUUAGAAUUGACUUUUUCCAACGGGUUCUAGUUGCAAUGAUGGCAAGGGGCGUUAAGCAGUGUGCGCUUGGACAAAUACUAAUGCUUUAUGCUCAGAAAGCUCUCCAGGGUUUGGAAAUGUUUGGACAUGGGACAAAGAAAACAGAGGCAAGAGAGGAACACGAGAAAAGGGUUGUUUUGGAAACAAUAGUUAGCCUUCUGCCAAAGGAGAGGAAUUCACUAUCAGUUAGCUUCCUCUCAAUGCUCUUACGAGCAGCAAUAUUUCUGGAAACAACGGUUGCUUGCAGGCUUGAUUUGGAGAAGAGACUGGGCUUCCAUCUUGGGCAGGCUGUCGUAGACGACUUGCUAAUCCCUUCAUAUUGCCUCAGUGGGACCACAUUGUUUGAUGUUGAAACCGUGCAACGGGUGAUGAUGAAUUUCUUGGAGUAUCAACUUGAGGGAAGCCGUUUGUGCUUCCAUCCAAACGAGGAAUAUGUUGCUCCAUCUCCUAGUGACAUGGAGCGCGUUGGGAGGUUAAUGGAGAAUUAUCUUGCUGAAAUAGCAUCUGACCGCAAUCUUUCUGUUUCAAAGUUUAUUAAUCUUGCUGAACUCAUCCCAGAACAAUCAAGAACCACUGAAGAUGGCAUGUACAGAGCCAUCGACAUUUACCUGAAGGCGCACCCUGCAUUAACUGAUAUGGAGAGAAAGAAAGUGUGCGGCGUAAUGGAUUGUCAAAAGCUCUCUCCUGAAGCGUGUGCUCAUGCUGCCCAGAAUGACCGGCUUCCUGCCCAGACAGUGGUGCAAGUGCUUUACUAUGAAAAACAACGCCUUGGGGAGGUGAUGAACUCCAGCAUCAUUAGCGACAAAUGUCCCACUCUCCCUUCCAAAGGUACAAGUGAGUUCUGCCCAGACAUCCACCCGGUCUCAGACGAGCUGUCGAGUCUAAGGAGAGAGAAUCACGGCCUGAAGAUGGAGCUUGUGAGGAUGAGAAUGCGGUUGAAAGAAAUGGACGAGUGUUCGGAUAAAUCGUCUCUGAGAAUGGCUCAUUCAUCUGCUGACAGGUCUCCUCUUCCUCGGCCUUCGUUCAUUAGCUCAAUGUCCAAGAUGUUUGGAAAACUUUCUCCAAUCACUUGGAAGAAUGGCAGAAACAAAGCGAGUAGAAACAGGCAAAACUCCAUUUCAUAAGUAUGUUUCUUCUUUUUCGCCAUUCCCAGGCAUUUGGUCAACCGUGAUUCACUUUUCAGUCCAACGGUUGAGCACUUAGACCGUAUUACACUCUCUGGUCGACCGUAUUACAUUCUGCCACGCACAUAGUGACGCUUCUUUCAGGCCCACAUGCAGCCGAGCACUUGGAACACACUUUUUUUCCCGGUCAACCAUCAUCCAUUCUGCCCAUCCUAUGGUGGUUUGGCUACCUUUUCAUUUCCAGGGCCCCUUCAACCUUUUUGGGACAAUCUUGUGUACAGUUCAUUCAGAAGCAGUUUUCCUUGUUAGUAUCCUUAGUGCUGUUUAUC